AUGCAUCGUACAAGUACAUCUGCACUCCUAGAUGAGUCUGAUACAGUAACAACAACAAAACCGUUGCUUGGUUACCAUGACGAUGAUGAAGAUGAAAAAUUUAAUGGCUCAAAAUGCUGUAGAUAUAUACAAGCAAGAUACGUUAUUGCAAUAUGGACAUUUUUAGGAUUCGUCUGUUUAUACAUGCUUCGUGUCAAUCUCAGUGUGGCUAUUGUUGCCAUGGUUACACCACAAAAUGUAAAUGAAACGAUUGAUGAAUGCAAAAUUAACACAAGCAAGACGAAUGAAACAGUAAAGCAUGAUUUUGAUUGGAAUCCUCACACACAAGGUUUUGUGCUCGGCGCUUUCUUUUAUGGUUACGUUUUAACACAGUUGAUAGGAGGCUAUUUAUCUGAACGUUUUGGUGGUAAAUGGAUAUUUGGUUGUGGCAUUCUCGGUGCUGGGCUUUUAACAAUGUUGAUACCAAUUGCGGCUAAAACCCAUGUUGGCUUCUUAAUAGUUGUACGAGUACUAAUCGGUGUUUUUGAGGGACCAGCUUUUCCUAGUUCUGCCGCUUUAUGGGGACAAUGGGUACCACCGUUAGAAAGGAGUAUCAUUCCACCAAUUGCGCAUGCAGGCAAGGAAUUUGGAAAUGUUGUUACAACACCAUUGGCUGGCCUUUUAUGUUCAUCCUCGUUUCUUGGUGGAUGGCCCUCUGCGUUCUAUGUUUUUGGAAUAAUAACAUGCAUAUGGUUCGCUGGGUGGUGUUAUUUUGUUUAUAAUAAUCCUAAUCAACAUCCGAGAAUAUCAGUCAAAGAAAGAAUUUUUUUAACAAAUUGUUUACCAAAACCGGUCAAAUUAAAAACUCCCUGGAAAGCUAUACUAACAUCAGCUCCAUUUUGGUCAAUUGCCGUAGCUAGUACAUGUAUUCAAUUUGUCUAUUAUGUUCUUCUAACCAGUUUACCAACAUAUUUUGCAACAAUUUUGAAAUUUAAUUUACAAAAGAACGGAGUCAUGUUUGCGAUACCUUACAUAUUUAUAUUGGUUGUCAUCGUUAUAUCUGGUCAGUUAGCUGAUUGUAUUCGAGCUAGACAUAUUUUAUCGACAACAAAUGUUAGAAAAUUACAAACAAUUAUUGGUAAAGAAAUGUUAUUUAUAAUUCCUAGAUCUUUUAGUGGUGUUGGUUCCUCAACAUCUUUAAUUUUAAUCGGUUACGUGAAUUGUAAUCAUGUUGCCGCUGUUAUUUGUGUAACAUGUGCCGUUGCCUUCAUCGGAUUUCAUUCAGCCGGCUGUCAAAUUUCUCACUUAGAUAUUGCUGCCAAUCAUGCAGGAACACUUGUUGGCAUCACCAAUACACUUGCCUCAAUUCCCGGUUUUGUUGGUCCCUAUGUUGUUGGUGCUAUCACUAAUGGUAAUCAAACAAUAGCCGCAUGGCGAAAGAUAUUUAAUUUGUCUGGCGGUAUUGGUCUGUUUGGUUGUAUAGUAUAUUGUAUACUAUUUAACGGUGAAGAACAAAAAUGGAAUCGAAAUGAAGGUUAUAUUCAAGUGGUUGUGAAACAAGAGGACGAUGAUGACCUCAUAGUCAGUUAA